AAAAGAAUGGAGAAAGAAAAUUAUUCACUAGUGACUGAAUUCAUUCUCAGAGGACUGACAGACCAGCCUGAGCUCCAGAUGCCACUCUUCUUCCUGUUCCUAGGAAUUUAUGUAAUCACUGUGGUGGGAAACCUGAGCAUGAUUAUACUUAUUGGAUUGAGUUCUCAUCUCCACAACCCCAUGUAUUGUUUCCUCUCUAGUUUGUCCUUCAUUGAUCUUUGCCAAUCAACUGUCAUCAUUCCUAAAAUGUUGUUGAACUUUGUGUCUGAGAAGAAUACUAUCUCCUACUCUGAAUGUAUGACACAGUUCUAUUUUUUUGGGUUUUUUGCCAUUUCUGAAUGUCAAAUGUUGGCUGUAAUGGCAUAUGAUCGCUAUGUUGCUGUAUGUCAUCCUCUUCGUUAUAAUCUUAUCAUGUCCUAUCAGGUGUGCUCAUGGCUGGUGUGUGGGGUGUAUAUGUUGGGCUUCCUUGGGGCCACAGCUCAUACAAGUUGUUUGAUUAGAGCAUUCUUCUGUAAUGAAAAUGUCAUCAAUCAUUAUUUCUGUGACCUUCUUCCACUCUUGAAGCUCUCUUGUUCUAGCACCUAUGUUAAUGAAGUAGUGACUCUGGCCUCCAAUGCAUUUAAUAUUUUUUUCCCAACCCUAACAAUUAUCUGCUCCUAUGUUUUGAUUAUUGCUUGCAUUUUAAAAAUUCAGUCCACUGAAGGCAGAUCAAAAACCUUCAGUACCUGCAGCUCCCAUAUUGCAGCAGUUGGUGUCUUCUUUGGCUCCCUUGCAUUUAUGUACUUAAAGCCAUUUUCAGUCAAGUACAUGGAUCAAGGGAAAGUAUCCUCAGUCUUUUACACAAUACUUGUUCCCAUGCUUAACCCUCUCAUUUACAGUUUGAGAAAUAAGGAUGUCAAAAUUGCUUUGAAGAAAGUGAUAGAAAGAUUAAAAUUCUAG